UGCGAGGCGGAGGUUUGAGGUCAUAGUCUCUGGGUGGAGACAAAACCACGUCAUGCAACAUCUGACAGACAGUGCUUCUCACAUGAAGAUUUCACUUCUUCAUUUGUCACAGAGGACACUCUGCCUGAAACUAACAUGAAGUUUGUGGCUUUAAUUUAUGGUGGUUUGUUGCUGAUCCUUGGGACAUCUGGAAUGCAGGAGACAGAAACUCAAGCAGAUGGCUGUGUACACACAUUAUCCUGCUCGGAAUGUAUCAGAUCUCAUCCCAGGUGUCUGUGGUGCUCUGCUAAGAACUUCACAAAAGGAGGUGGGUCCGAAAGUUCUCGAUGUGCCACCCGUCUGGAGCUGCUCCAACGUGGAUGUGAUGAAGGACAUAUUAUAGAUCCCAAAACACUUAUCAAAAUUGUGAAGGACACACCCUUGAGUGACAAUGCUGAUCAAGGAAUGAUCACACAACUUGCACCCCAGAAAGUACAUCUGGAACUCCGUCCAGGAAAGAAGGAGAAGUUUCAAGUGCGUUUCAAGCGUGCAGAGGGUUACCCCAUAGACCUCUACUACCUCAUGGACUUGUCGUAUUCAAUGAAGGAUGAUCUGGAGAAUGUAAAGAAGCUGGGAAGUGACAUUCAGCAGGUGUUAUACAAUUUUACCAAGUCCGUGCGCAUAGGCUUUGGCUCAUUUGUGGAUAAGACAGUGUUACCAUAUGUGAACACAGUACAAUCCCAGCUGAGGAACCCAUGCCCAACACGGACUGAACACUGCCAACCACCCUUCAGCUAUCGUAAUGUUCUACCCUUAACUUCAAACCUCACUUUGUUUCAAGAGCGUGUCAGUGCAGAAAACAUUUCUGGAAACCUGGACUCACCUGAAGGAGGGCUCGAUGCAAUGUUUCAGGCUGCUGUAUGCACAGACCACGUUGGUUGGAGGAAUGUUACACGUCUCUUAGUAUAUGCCUCAGAUGAUGUCUUUCAUAUGGCUGGAGAUGGGAAAUUAGCUGGCAUAUACAUGCCAACAGAUGGCCACUGCCACCUAAAUGAAAAUGGGGAAUAUUACCAAAGCAAUAUGUAUGAUUAUCCAUCUGUGGGACAUCUUUCCCAGAUACUCUCAGCUGCCAACAUUCAGCCUAUAUUUGCAGUUACCAGCACUGUCCUCUCCACCUAUCAGGAGCUGAGUGAUUUGAUCCCUAAAUCUGCAGUUGGAGAACUGACCGAGGAUUCCAGUAAUGUGGUUAAUUUAAUAUCUCAAGCAUAUAACAGUUUAUCCUCCACAGUAAACCUAGAACAUGUAAAUUUACCAAAAGGAAUUCACAUCUCUUAUGAUUCUCACUGCCCUACCCUUGUUAGUGAGGGACAACCAAGAGGGCAGUGCUCUGGCGUCAAAAUUAACCAAAUGGUAGAUUUUGAUGUGACAUUAUGGAUAGAUGAGAAGAUCUGCCAGGACGGAAGACAGAGCUUCCAUCUAAGGGUGCUUGGAUUCAGCGAGGAACUGAGUGUGGACAUUGAGCCAGUAUGUGACUGUAACUGUAAUGACGAAGAGAUUUUAUCCAGCCACUGCAGUCAAGGACUUGGUAACUACAGCUGUGGAGUUUGCAGCUGCAUUGAAGGGUAUAGAGGAAAGCAUUGCGAAUGUCCAAAAAACAAGUAUGAUUCAGAGGAAGACUGCAUUAUGCCCGGCUCAUUGCUGCCUUGUAAUGGGCAUGGAAGGUGUGAAUGCGGACUCUGCACAUGUGAUAAACAUUUCCGGGGAACGUUUUGCGAGUGUGAUGAUACCAGCUGUGAAAGACAUGACGGCCAGCUUUGUGGAGGUCUUUCCAGAGGGGUCUGCAACUGUGGAAACUGCACAUGCAACUCAAAUUAUACGGGCAAUGCUUGUGAAUGCAGUUUGGAGACCAAAGAAUGUGAGACACCAGGUGGAAAGAUAUGCAGUGGUCAUGGAACCUGUAUAUGUAACAAAUGUGUCUGUGAAAGUGGAUACCAAUCAAGCGACAAGUGUAGUGAAUGCUUUCAGUGUAAGACCCCAUGUCAGAUAUACAGAGACUGCGCAGAAUGCAAGGCAUUCAAUUCAGGACCAAUGAUAGAUAACUGCACCGUCUCCUGCUCUCAUGUUGUCAUCACCUUUGAAGAAGACUCAGCGUCUGGAAGGAAGGAAACCAAGGACUGGUGUUCAGAGAAAGACAUCACAUUUGCUGUGACCCAUACCGAUGAGGCCGGACGCAUACAUAUUCUUGUGAAGAAAAGAGAAGAGAUUAAAGAUCAGACAAAAAGUCUAAUACUGGGAUUGGUUUUGGGAAUUGCGUUCUUUGGCCUCCUCCUAAUUGUUUUGUAUCGAAUCAUCGUGGAGAUGUAUGACCGGCAGGAAUACAACCGGUUCCUGAAAGCACGGAGUUCUGAGCAAUGGAAUGAGGCACAAAACCCACUCUACCAAAGUGCAACUACCACUGUGAUGAACCCAAAUUUUCACCAGGAUUAAUAUGGAUUACAUAUGGAGCCAGUUGAUCAAUCCAGUAAACGAUACAGAUUGAUUGUUCAUAUGACCCAAUGAUGUACAUAUUUAAGAAAGCAAAAUACAUAGUUUUUACCUAUAAACCUAAAAGUACCCAAAAUACUUUAGGAGCAAAACCAAGUAUCUGGUAUGUAUGCGACUAUUAUCAAAGGACUUCAGUAUUUUCAUUUAGGGAAGACAGGUAUUUUAUAUCUGUGUGUUAAUCUAUCUCCUCUACUUUAAGGUUAUUUUUUAUGUGAAAGGACCUCGCCUUAUGUCCUUUAUCCCAAGGCCCACUGCACCCUUAUAGUUUAGCCCUGGAGCAUGAGACUCUGGCAUUUGGAUGUGGGCAAAGGGUACCAUCCACUGCGGGAGCCUGUAAAACUCUAGGUUUACC